AUGAGUAGUCGCGGUGGGAAACUUGCCCCUGAAGUCAAUCGAGCUCUGUUCGUCAAGAACCUGAGCUACAACGUAACGCCGGAAGAGCUCUUCGAUCUCUUUGGAAAAUUCGGUCCCAUUCGCCAGGUCCGACAGGGCAUCGCCAACGCGACCAAAGGAACUGCUUUUGUGGUUUAUGAGGAUGUCAUUGAUGCCAAGCAAGCCUGCGACAAGCUCAACGGCUUCAACUUUCAGAACCGCUAUCUAGUUGUACUAUACCACCAGCCAGACAAGAUGGCCAAGUCAAAAGAGGACCUGGAGGCACGCCGCGAAUCGUUAGCGAGGCUCAAGAAGCAGCACGGUAUCGAUUGA